UUUUCAUUGCAGGAGGAGAGGACAAAGAUACUCAGAGAGAAAAAGUAAAGGACAGAAGAAGGAGACUGGAGAGACCAGGAUCCUUCCAGCUGAACAAAGUCAGCCGCAAAGCAGACUAGCCAGCAGGCUGCAGUUGGAGUCAGAGUGCCAAAGACAUGGGCUUGUUAGAGUGCUGUGCAAGAUGUCUGGUUGGGGCCCCCUUUGCUUCCCUGGUGGCCACUGGAUUGUGUUUCUUUGGAGUGGCACUGUUCUGUGGAUGUGGACAUGAAGCUCUCACUGGUACAGAGAAGCUAAUUGAGACCUAUUUCUCCAAAAACUUCCAGGAUUAUGAGUAUCUCAUUAAUGUGAUUCAUGCUUUCCAGUAUGUCAUCUAUGGAACUGCCUCUUUCUUCUUCCUUUAUGGGGCCCUCCUGCUGGCUGAGGGCUUCUACACCACCGGCGCAGUCAGGCAGAUCUUUGGCGACUACAAGACCACCAUCUGCGGCAAGGGCCUGAGCGCAACGGUAACAGGGGGCCAGAAGGGGAGGGGUUCCAGAGGCCAACAUCAAGCUCAUUCUUUGGAGCGGGUGUGUCAUUGUUUGGGAAAAUGGCUAGGACAUCCCGACAAGUUUGUGGGCAUCACCUAUGCCCUGACUGUUGUGUGGCUCCUGGUGUUUGCCUGCUCUGCUGUGCCUGUGUACAUUUACUUCAAUACCUGGACCACCUGUCAGUCUAUUGCCAACCCCAGCAAGACCUCUGCCAGUAUAGGCAGUCUCUGCGCUGAUGCCAGGAUGUACGGUGUUCUCCCAUGGAAUGCUUUCCCUGGCAAGGUUUGUGGCUCCAACCUUCUGUCCAUCUGCAAAACAGCUGAGUUCCAAAUGACCUUCCACCUGUUUAUUGCUGCAUUUGUGGGUGCUGCAGCCACACUAGUUUCCCUGCUCACCUUCAUGAUUGCUGCCACUUACAACUUCGCCGUCCUUAAACUCAUGGGCCGAGGCACCAAGUUCUGAUCUCCCGUAGAAAGUCCCCUUUGUCUAAUAGCGAGGCUCUAACCACACAGCCUACAGCGUUGUGUCUCCUAUCUUAACUCUGCCUUUGCCGCUGAUUGGCCCUCUUCUUACUUGAUGAGUAUAACAAGGAAGGAGAGUCUUGCAGUGAUUAAGCUCUCUCUGUGGACUCUCCCUUUCACGUACCUCUUUUAGUCAUUGUGCCCCACAGCUGGUUCCUGCUAGAAACAGGGAGUGCCCGAGAAGGCGAUUCUCCAGCUGCAAGGCCCAGAGGAGUGAAAGCUCUAAUUCAACUUGGGAGCAUCUUCGGAAGACCAGGAUGUACUUCCUUCUCCAAGGGCAUUUCCAUUGAGAAAAACAAAGUGGAAAGAAAGAUUCUCAGGGAGAGAGCAGGAAUGUCCUUGGUCUCCUUGCCAUCAAUAGGAGCCACAUGUAUUCUCCUUGAUGCACAAAACCAAGAGCUCACUCUAUCUUCCUAUUUCCACUGAAGACAGAAGAAAAUAAAAGAGUGCUAGCAAAGAGAUAGCAUUUGCCCAAAUCUGCCUCCUGCAGCUGGGAGACAGGGGUCAAAGCAAGGAUCUUUCACUCUUAGAAAGAGAGCUCUGACCCCAAUGGCAAUGGACUAUAUAAGCCCUAACUCAGACAGCCCUACUUAACUGCAUAAGGGAGCACAGUGUCUGUGUAGACAAAGGGGGCAGAAUCUGUCCUUACACCUCAUUAGGAAGAGAAACAGUGUUGUCAGGAUCUUCUCACUCCCUUCUCCUUGAUAACAGCUACCAUGACAACCCUGUGGUUUCCAAGGAGCUGAGAAUAGACGGAAACUAGCUUUCAUGAAAUAAGACUGUGACCUAAAGAGCAGCAGUUGGUGAAGGCUAUAGGUGUAACUUAAGAUGGCCCCCUGGGUAGAUGACAGAUAGUUAACUCUUUGGAUAGCAUACCUUUUUUCCUGUCAAUUAAUUGUGUCCUCUGGCCUCUGGCUUAUCUUCACAAUGGUGCUCUUUUCCUGGGUUUUUAGCCAAUCACUCCUAGCGGGUGAUUUGAAGAUCUUGAUUAGUUUGAGAAUGAUUCAUGUUUCACAUUUUCCAAUUGUUUCUCUCUUGUUUGGAGUUAGAUCAGAAAGAUCUGGAGAAUGCUUUUUGAUUAUAGUUCUUUUUGAAAAAAAGAACACUGGACAGUAAGCAUUACCAAAUAUUUGAAAUUGUCUAGUCCCAUGAAUUUAUUUGGAUUUUCCACAAGUAUUCUGCAUUUGUAGAAAUGGGCUUGGUAAAUUUCAACCUCAAUUUGAAUAACCUGUCCAAUAUUUUUCUUUUCGAACAAAUGACAGAUGAUUUUGCUUGCUAAUGUUAUCUUGGCAUUUUGAGAAUUAGACUUAGCAUAGAGGAUAUUGUCUCUUGGUACAUAUAGGUCACAUAAUAGAUUGCACCAGCUGUCAGCUGUUCAUUUGGUAAGCUUCCAUGGAGAUCUGGAGACAUGGAGAGGACAGACAGACAGAAUUUGAAACCUGAAGAACUCCCAGAUGUCAAGCUUAGCCUGUAUUUGUUAAUUUUGGGAUAAAAACAAAACAACAACUCCGAUCUGGUUUGACUGAAGAAGAGGUUAUUCUAGACCUUUGGUCAUAGAUCUGUGUCGUCCUUAUUCUCCAGAGUGUUUUCUGCCACGUUGAAGGACUACGCAAGAAGACAGUGAGACUCGUUCCUGGGCCAGUAGAGAAGAUAGCUAGCAGGGGACCCAAGAGUGAGGAGAGGGAAAGGCUCUGUAAGAAACCAAUCAAGACGAAGGAAAGGGAAAUGAUCGAUGUCUUUUAUGUUGUUUUGAUUUAAUAACAUAACAGAUAACCAGCUGUCCCCUGAAACCCUCACAUGCACACACACACAUACACACACACAAAGAGAGUUAAUCAACUGCAAGUGUUUCCUUCACUUCUGAUAUAGAAUUUUGAUUUUAACAACAUAAAGAAUAGACUUGUAGAAACUCAUCUUAUAAAAUGUAUUUUAUAAAAUUAAAGAAAAUAAAAUUAAGAAUGUUCUCAAUCAAA